GCACUUCCCGGUGGCUGAACCUGGGCGCCGAGGCCAUGGGCAGCCAGGAGGUGCUGGGCCAGGCGGCCCGGCUGGCCUCCUCCGGUCUCCUCCUGCAGGUGUUAUUUCGAUUGAUCACCUUUGUCUUGAAUGCGUUUAUUCUUCGCUUCCUAUCAAAGGAAAUCAUUGGUGUAGUGAAUGUAAGGCUAACACUACUUUACUCAACCACCAUUUUCCUGGCCAGAGAGGCCUUCCGCAGAGCAUGUCUCAGUGGGGGCGUCCAAAGAGACUGGAACCAGACACUCAAUCUCUUGUGGCUAACUGUCCCCCUGGGAAUCUUUUGGUCCUUGUUCCUGGGCUGGGUCUGGUUACAGUUGCUUGAAGUACCCAAUCCUAAUGUCGUCCCCCACUAUGGACCUGGAGUGGUGCUGUUUGGUUUCUCAGCAGUGGUGGAGCUUCUAGGAGAGCCUUUCUGGGUCUUGGCACAAGCACAUAUGUUCAUCAGGCUCAAGGUGAUCGCUGAGAGCCUAUCAGUAAUCCUGAAGAGUGUCCUGACUGCUUUUCUUGUGCUGUGGUUGCCUCACUGGGGACUGUACAUUUUCUCUUUGGCCCAGCUUUUCUAUACAGCAGUUCUGGUGCUCUGUUAUGUUAUUUAUUUCACAAAGUUACUGGGUUCCCCAGAAGCAACCAAGCAACACACUCUUCCUGUCUCCAGGGUAAUGGAUCUAUUACCCAAGAUCACCAGAAGUGGAGCUUUUGUUAACUGGACAGAGGCUAAAUUGACUUGGAGUUUUUUCAAACAGUCUUUCUUGAAACAGAUUUUGACAGAAGGUGAGCGAUAUGUGAUGACAUUUUUGAACGUAUUAAAUUUUGGCGAUCAGGGUGUAUAUGACAUAGUGAAUAAUCUUGGCUCCCUUGUGGCCAGAUUAAUUUUCCAGCCAAUAGAGGAGAGUUUUUAUAUAUUUUUUGCUAAGGUGCUGGAGAGAGAAAAGGAUGCCACACUCCAGAAGCAGGAGGAUGUCACUGUGGCUGCCAUGGUCUUGGAGUCCCUGCUUAAGCUGGCCCUGCUGGCUGGCAUGACCAUCACUGUUUUUGGCUUUGCCUAUUCUCAGCUGGCUCUGGACAUCUAUGGAGGAGCCAUGCUUAGCUCAGGAUCAGGUCCUGUUUUGCUGCGUUCCUAUUGUCUCUACGUCCUCCUGCUUGCCAUCAAUGGGGUGACUGAGUGUUUCACAUUUGCUGCCAUGAGCAAAGAGGAGGUCAACAGGUACAAUUUCACAAUGCUGGCCCUGUCAUCCUCCUUCCUGGUGCUGUCCUAUCUCCUGACCCAUUGGUGUGGCAGCGUGGGCUUCAUUUUGGCCAACUGCUUCAAUAUGGGCAUUCGGAUCACGCAGAGCCUUUGCUUCAUCCACCGCUACUACCAAGGGAGCCCCCACAGGCCCCUGGCCGGCCUGCGCCUGUCGCCAGUCCUCCUCGGGGUGUUUGCCCUCAGUGGUGUGAUAACUAGUGUUUCAGAGGUGUUCCUCUGCUGUGAGCAGGGCUGGCUAGCCAAGCUGGCACACGUUACUGUGGGGACCUUCUGUCUGGGGGUGACUCUCAGGACAGCAUUCCUUACAGAGACCAAGCUGAUCCAUUUUCUCAGGACUCAGUUGGGUAAGUCCAGACUCACUGACAAAACAAUGUGACUUCAGGGACCCUGGACACUCUGGUACCUGGACCAGCUCUGGGCACAUCUGUGGGCAGAAUACACAUUAUGCAUCCAAGCCCUGAUGAGGGCUCUGCAGUGGAGCAGGAGAGCCCCAGAGGUGAGAUGCCAGCAAGGAUCACUGCGUGAAACACUUGCCGUCCAUGUGAAGACUUAAACGUGGAGGAAGAGUUGCAUUUUUCAGUGAAGACCAAAGGCCCUUUUAAAAUAGAGACAAUUGUUUCCAUCAUUUUGUUCUAAUCAGCACUUUCUUUUUUAUUGAUGUAUUCAUUCCUUUUGGGUGUAAUUGGCCUUUGGAGCUACGUGCACCAACAAACUAUAUCUUAGAUGUUAAUAGGUAAUAAUCAUCUGGCCCAGAAAAAGAGAUG